AUGCCUAGCGGCCAGAUCGCCAAAAGGUCCGCUUGUGACCGCUGUCGAGAUCUCAAACUGCGCUGCACCCGAGAGCAAACUGCGGAUGAACAUGUUCCAUGUGAUCGGUGCACCAGGUUCGAUGCGCUUUGCAUUACGGGUAGUGGUCGGCGAUUAGGGAGACCAUCGGUGGAGAACAACGAUACUCGACCCAUCCGAAGGAAUUCUUCAAAUCAUCAACAUCGCAACGACCGCAAUUCGUGGCAGAGGUUGAAUCAUCGACCUUUGACGACGAACAAUACUCUAGGUCCUCCCAGGCCAGACAACCCUAAGAACGACAACCUUUACAGACUUGCAGACUCGGACUUCUUUUCAGACCCGAAUCUCGAUCCUAUGUUGUAUGAGUCUGACUUCUUGGGGGGUUCUUCCAGUGCAACUCCAGCCAAUAACGCAAAUGGAAACGGCCAACUGCCAAUGACCCUCGGUAUUGAUACAUCAGAUUUACCAGACUUGGAUGUCGACAGUCCAUGUGACAUGACUGCCCUGAGUUCAUCCACUAUGCCAGCGCUGGCGAAUCCUAACAAGAGGCCUGCUUCACGGAAUGAUUCUGGUAUUGUCCUUAAUCAAUCUGCAGAGGCCGACUCUUCAUCCCUAGCAGGAGUUAUCAGUGACACUUCGCGUCAGUUAUUUGAGCUGAGAAGCAAGGCGCAGCAUCACUCACUCGAGACAAUGCUGGAUCAACGCAGCGUUAGUUCAGAUAUAAAUGCCGUAUCUCGACAGCUAUCCGACCUAAGAAACCGAGCUAGCGAGUCAUCGAUUGAUUCAAUUAUGACCUCAGCAGGCAUAGCACACGACUUUGCGAGAUUCAAUGACCCCAUCAAGACAGGACCUCUCGAGAGCAUGCUCUCGACGUCCAUGCGUUUCAUCCUUGUCUUGCAAAUGCUUGCACCCGCGGAGUACGACACGGGUAGCACAUCACGUCCAAGAACGAGCAGCAACUCCACAGCUCUAGACACCAUGCUUAUGCUCCUCUCGAUAUACGUACGCCUUGGCCAGUCCUUCGAGCAUGUCCUUAACGGGGUGGUGCAGAACCGCAACUUUAUUUCGUCAGGCUCCCAGCCUUCUUCGCCGGCUUCAACGUACAAUCAGCAGUAUUCAGCACAGUUGAUGAUGGUAGUCCGUGCUUUAGGACAUCAACUGUCCACCGUGGAACGACUGAUGGGUAUUCCCGCGAGAGUUAGACUCUGGGGACCGAAAGAUGACUAUCCGGGUAUCUUGAAUCAAGACCAGUCAUUUUUGACCAAGGCGGCGAUCUCCCAAGCCCAAGAAACGUUUUAUUCGUUACGAAGAACUAUGCAUGAUAUCGAAAUUUCUUGUACAUGA